AUGACGCUGUGGAUGUGUAUCCUGUGGCUAGUGUACGCACCGGCGGCUACCACCGGAGCUGCGCCUCGGAAGCGGGUUGAUCCGACGGACCAGACGACGCUGCUGGAUGGGCCCGGAAUGCGGGCCGUGUUUCGGUUUCUUCGCACGUGGAUGUUCAACAUUGUAGGCCGCACCGGCCAGCGAACGAGUGGACCGUUUCGCCAGGACACCAUUCCCCCGGAAGUGCCAUUUCCCUGCAACGUGUCGUUGGGCCGCAGCCAGCGGGUGCCCUCGAGCGUACACAAGCUGCGCCCCGGCGACAUCGGUGUGGUGGCCGCGCUGGGUGACUCGCUGACGGCGGCCACCGGAGCGGCAGCGUCCGGCUUCGUCGACCUGUACAUGGAGAACCGCGGGCUCGCGUGGAGCAUCGGCGGACAGUGGAACUGGCGCAACGUGACCACCCUGCCGAACAUACUGAAGGUGUUCAACCCGAAGCUCGUUGGAUACUCGUACGGCGACGCGUAUCCGUUCCACUGGGACACCCAGUACAACAUGGCCGAGAUCGGGGCAGUGUCCUACGACAUUCCGUACAUGGCCCGGGCACUGGUGCAGCGCAUACGGCAGGAUCGGCGCGUCGACUGGAAGCGCGACUGGAAGCUGCUGACGAUCGCGAUCGGUGGCAACGACAUCUGUUCGUUCGUCUGCACCAUGCAGCGGCCAGAAACGCUGCCGCACAAGCACCGGCUGAGGUUGCAGCGGACACUCCGUUACCUACGGGACAACCUGCCCCGAACGUUCGUGAACGUGGUGUCGGUGCCGAGCGUGAAGAAGGUGGUGAUGCUGCCACGCAAACCCUUCGCCUGUGAGUCGCUUCACCACGGCGAGUGUUCCUGCUGGGUCGGCAAACUCUACAACCAGACUGAUGCUUCGCGCGAAAGAUGGGCUCGCAUACAGGACCAGUACAUCGAGGUGGAGAAGGACGUGGCCGAAUCGAAGGAGUUUCGCGGAUUGGACGAGUUUGCGGUCGUCUAUCAGCCGUGGUCGUUGAACAUUUCGAUGAAGAUGAACGGCAAGACCGUUGACUAUUCGCUGCUGUCAUACGACUGCUUCCACAUGAGCCAGAAGGGAAAUGCGUAUGCCGGCACCGCACUGUGGAACAACCUGCUCGAGCCCGCGGGAAAGAAGUCGACCAGCUGGCGGCCGAUUCUGAAGAACUUCAAGUGCCCGACGAAAGAGUCACCGUAUCUGUACACCUACGAUAACAGUGCGCUCAGUUAA